AUGGAACCAACCGACCACACCCUGCUAUUCAGCGCCGACAACGCGUACAACACCACCCUCCACUCCCCAUCAUCACCCGACCAACCUCUCUACAGCAUCACCUCCAACCCCGGCAUCGACUCUGGCUCUACUGCCUUUACCGCUGUCACAAAAGGGGAAAGUGGGGAGGAGCUGGCGCGGUGGAUCUGGCGCGCGCGAUGGAGAGGGGAUUUGCUCACGUAUGCGGGUGGAAAGGCGGUCAAGGCUACGAGCUGGAUUGCUGAGAGGGGGUGGAGAUGGAAGGUAGCUGAGGAGAGUGGGGAAGUCGAGCUCUUCGCCGGCAAGGACACCACACCUCUCGCGCGCUUCGUGAGCUCAGCGCCUGCGACGUCCGAACCGGCCAGACUGCACCUACUGGGGGAGGCGGCGGAUGAUCAGGAGAUACAAGACGCCAUCGUCGUGUCGUUCUUCCUCCAAGAGCGAUUCCGACGCGAGAAGCAGUGGGCCGGACAAGCUGGCAAGGUCGACGGCGGGAGGACCGGGGCGCUCGCUUCGUUCAGUAUGGCUGGUCCCAUGGGCGGGAUGUAA